AUGGAAGAGGAAGCACAAGAAUUGGCCUCCAACAAGAACUGCAACGUACCGUUCGUUACCAAGGAAACACCGAUUGACACUGUCAGUGGUGUUGCAAAGAAGUGCAGAAUGGAACUUAUGCAAAUAUUGGUUGCUGUGGGUGUGCGAGCGAAA